GGGAGCUGUUCUCGCGAGAGGACGGCGGGAGGCUCCUGCUCGCUGGCUCUGGAACUGCGACCACUGGAGCCUCAGCGGGCGCUGCUGCUGGAGCCUGAGUCCUGCGGAGGUGCCCGCUGUCGGCCUGGGGGGGAAGAGGGUGCAGAGACACUGCGGCUGGCGCAGCCUUGGGCUCCGGAGCGUGCCCCUACCCGUAGCCCGGUUUGUCCUCGUCGCCUAGGCGCGUCCAGUCGCUGGCGGUCGGCAGGGGCGGGGGAGUAGGUGCGGGUGCAGGCUGGGGGCCCGCAGGGCCACCUCCUCGCCCCGCUGACGCUGCUGGAAGAUGUCUCAGGAGAGGCCCACGUUCUACCGGCAGGAGCUGAACAAGACGAUCUGGGAGGUGCCCGAACGUUAUCAGAACCUGUCCCCGGUGGGCUCCGGCGCCUAUGGCUCCGUGUGUGCUGCUUUUGACACAAAAACUGGGUUGCGUGUAGCAGUGAAGAAGCUCUCCAGACCGUUUCAGUCCAUCAUUCACGCCAAAAGGACCUACAGAGAACUGCGGUUACUUAAACACAUGAAGCACGAAAAUGUGAUUGGUCUGUUGGAUGUCUUUACACCUGCGAGGUCUCUGGAGGAAUUUAAUGACGUGUAUCUCGUGACCCAUCUUAUGGGGGCAGAUCUGAACAACAUUGUGAAGUGUCAGAAGCUUACAGAUGACCACGUUCAGUUCCUUAUCUACCAAAUUCUUCGAGGUUUAAAGUAUAUACAUUCAGCUGACAUAAUUCACAGGGACCUAAAACCCAGUAAUCUAGCUGUGAAUGAAGACUGUGAGCUGAAGAUCCUGGAUUUUGGACUGGCUCGGCACACAGAUGAUGAGAUGACAGGCUACGUGGCCACUCGGUGGUACCGGGCUCCGGAGAUCAUGCUGAACUGGAUGCAUUACAACCAGACAGUGGAUAUCUGGUCAGUGGGAUGCAUAAUGGCUGAGCUGUUGACUGGAAGAACGUUGUUUCCUGGUACCGACCAUAUUAACCAACUUCAGCAGAUUAUGCGUCUGACGGGGACACCCCCUGCUUAUCUCAUUAACAGGAUGCCAAGCCAUGAGGCGAGAAACUAUAUUCAGUCUUUGACUCAGAUGCCGAAGAUGAACUUUGCAAAUGUAUUUAUUGGUGCCAAUCCCCUGGCUGUCGACCUGCUGGAGAAGAUGCUCGUAUUGGACUCAGAUAAGAGGAUUACAGCAGCCCAGGCCCUCGCACACGCCUACUUCGCUCAGUACCACGAUCCCGAUGAUGAGCCAGUGGCAGAUCCGUACGAUCAGUCCUUUGAAAGCAGGGACCUCCUGAUAGAUGAGUGGAAAAGCCUCACCUAUGAUGAAGUCAUCAGCUUUGUGCCACCACCCCUUGACCAAGAAGAGAUGGAGUCCUGAGCACCUGGUUUCUGUCGUGUUGACCCCACUUCACUGUGAGGGGAAGGCCUUUCCAUGGGAACUCUCCAAAUAUCAUUCAAGUGCCUCUUGUUGCAAAGAUUUCCUCCAUGGUGGAAGGGGUGUGUGUGCGCGCGUGCGUGUAUGUGUGUGUGUGCAUGUGCGUGUUUGUCUUUGUGGGAGGGUAAAAGAAGAACAUGAGCGAACCGUGAUCACGGUGGCUUUCCAUGGAGCCACGGAUGCUCCACGCCAGCCUCUGCUUGCUCUUCCUCCUGAGGAUCAGCCCAAGCAGACGAGCUGCCGUUUGUUAGGGAUAUGUUCAUUGCAAGUAAGAAAUAGUAAACACCCCCGACCCAGUCGUGCUUUUGCCACUUCGGCCUCUCCCGUGACCCCGCCUUGAUGAUGGUGGGGGGUGGACUUGACCACGUGCCACAGCGGCACAGGGAGAAGGCUCACACCUUCUGGCUGCUUCAGGUCUGGAGCCGUCCUUAGCAAUGCAUCCAGCCACAAAGGACCCCCGGCUUCUGUGCGCUAGCCCACGAUGAACUUGCUUAUUGUGGUUCUCAGAAUUUGACAGGUGUAUUUGAAACUGUAAAUAUGUUUGUGCCUUAAAAGGAGAGAAGGAAGUGUAGGGAGUUAAGACUGCAGCUGCUGACGUUCUGAGCCAGGCAAGUAGAUGGGGCUGUCCGCCAGCCGCCUGGGAGCCCGAAGGAGCCGGGCAGCCAUCGGAGGGGCCGCGUGUGCAUGUGUGCGCAUGCGUGUACGCGUGUGUCUCUCCCUCACCCCCAGGUGUUGUGCCAUUUCUCCACUUACCCCUCACCCUCGGUACACAGGUUUCUUGAGCGUCGGCCCCGUAGUCAGGAGCAGGUUCAGGCCGUCCGUGUACGCCCGUGUCCUCCCGUGUCCUCCAGCAGAGUGAGGGUGUGUUUUGCACGUCUUGCUAUCCGAGCAUGCACAACUGCUUGUCCUGUUCUCUUCGGGAGGCCCCGGUGGCAGGCAGGUUUGCCAGUGAGGUCAUCUUGGGUAGUCGGGUCCCGUGCCACCUGAGCUGCUCCCAUGGACAAGCGACACGACCUGCGCCUCAGCCCCCCACUGCUGUUUCGUGUUGGACACAAUCGAUAUUCCAGGUGCUUUCGAUGUGAAAACCGUGAGAAAAUGGACCCGCUGGUGUACAUACCGUUUUCAUUCUUGCCGUUUGGUUUUCAACACACUAUUUUGAGGGAGCUAACAUGGGAAAUACCAGGGCUUUUCCCAGAAAUACCCUAAACUUUGGAAAACAGAUUGUUCUCUUCACGCCUAAUAACCAGUGCUAAGAAAUGCUGAAAAUCAAAGUGCAAAAUAAAAGCUCACGAGGUCGGAAACUCCUUUUGCUAUCUUUCUCUAAAUAUGGUUGUAAAAAAGAAAAGAAAAAACUAGCCCCAAGGUGUGUUCCCCCCCCCCUUUGAAAAUGUGUCUUCUUGGCAGCUUGGCACUGAUUUCUCAGUCUCGGUUUGGGGAGGAACGAAUUUUGUUUCUGAAUUUUUGUAUAUUGUAGGAAUCCUUUGAGACUGUGAUUCCUUUUGAUGGGGAGAAAGGGCAAAUUAUUUUAAUAUUUUGUAUUUUCGAUUUAUAAAGAUGAAAUAUCCUCAGGGGUGGAGAAGAGUUGUCUUCAUAAUUUUCUGAACUUGAGGCAGUGCGUGCCACGCGAGGGCCCAUGUAUUUAAAUAAGCCCUUCGUGUGAUGAGAAAGUGUAGAGCUGCUUCCAGCACUGGCUCGGCGACAGGCUUCCUGUGGGCCAAGGCAUUUCCAUUUCUCUCUCAGUGUGUGAGGCAUGCACUCCUGAGGGCCGGGUCGGACUCCUGAAUCAACUGGAGCAAGAGGAAGGAGGCAGGCUGCCGGGGGUUCCACCUCACCCGGGAUUCUCCCCGUCUCGAAAGGAAAGCGAAUGUAAAGGCCUCGUCUCCUUCACAUGCAGUUCGAAUCCUCACCUCCCCCACAAGAUGCAUUUUACCAGCCAGGCUGGGUUGUACGUGCUAGUGUGAUGUCCUACAGAUACUGCUCUGAAUAUCUUCUAAUAAAGGUCUUUGCACAUGUGACCACAUACGUGUUAGGAGGCUGCGUGCUGCAGGAGCCUGGACUCUUAAGCUGGAGCUCGAGGAAGAGCUCCUUGGUUUCUGAGCAUAAUGCUCCCACCCCCUGAUUUCUCGGAACAGAAGACGAGAGAGAAUGAGGGGAACUGCUCCUUGAUUUGUAUCCAUAAACUGGGCUGUAAUCAGUUAUGCCGUAUAGGAUGUCAGACAAUACCACUGGUUAAAAUAAAGCCUAUUUUUCAACCUCA